AUGCAGGCCGACGAGGAGGGUGGGUGGCCGCCGCGUGCCUGGUACAGCUAUGUUGCGGCGCCCAUGGUCGACCAAUCGGACCUGGCGUUUCGUGCGACAGCGGUACAGUACGGCGCCACAGCGACGUGGACCCAAAUGUAUCAUGCCGACGAUAUUGUCCUGCAGGGCGACAUCUACGAGCGAGCACGACGGGCUCUGGAGCAAGGUAAGCAGGCGCAGGAGCAUGUUGAUAUCGCUAUGGGAACAUAUGCGCCUCAGAUUGUGCAGUUAGCGGGGCAUGAUCCUGCAUCGCUACUCACAGCCGCGCGUCUUUUUUCGCCGUACGCCGAUGGCAUUGAUCUCAAUCUCGGCUGCCCACAAACACGCGCACAACGUGGUCAUUAUGGUGGCUACCUCCUGGGCCGAAAAGAUUGGCCUCUGGUCAAGCAGCUGGUAGCUGCGCUAGCGCAUGGAUGUGAUCGGCCCAUCUCCACCAAGGUUCGCCUUUGUGAUUACGCACCUGACACGUAUGAACUUGCGACACAGCUGGCCCAUGCUGGCUCAUCGUUGAUCACAGUGCACGCACGGCACGUGGCGCCCAAUCGUCGUCGAGCGGGGCCUGCCAAGUUGGAGCAUGUUCGCGCUGUCGUCGAGGCGUUGCAAGCGCAAGGCCUGCAUGCAUCACAGCCUGGUGGCUCCACAUUGGUCCUGAGCAAUGGCAAUGUGCGUACUUGGGACGAUAUUGUCGCCAAUCUGGCCUAUACCCAAGCUGACGGCGUCAUGGUCGGCGAGCCUUUGCUUAUGCAGCCGGAUUUGUUCGUAUCGUCGGUCGAGCCAGCCAAACGGCCAACAGCGCGCGUGUUGCCGACCUAUUUGCGCCUAUGUGAGAAAUACAAUGUGGAUACGUCGUUGCCGUUCAUCAAGCAGCAUACGCAGUACAUACUGCGUAGCUGGGCGCCAGGCCGAGAGACGCGUAUAGUACAAGAUCAACUGCGGGCGGCGGAGAGCGUCGCAGCGAUGCGGGACGUGCUUCGUUAA